AUGAAGGAGGUGGUGCUCCACGUGUACGACGUGACCAACAGCGACUCCGAAAAGACCAACAACACCAUCCUCCAGAUCAACCGCAUCUUCAAGGACCGCAUCGGCCUCGGCGGCAUCUUCCACAGCGCCGUCCAGGUCCUCCACCCUGCGCCUCCCGCUCUCCCGGAUCCCGGCGACGCAUUCUGCCUGCGUGCUUACCCCCACCUCCUCCAGAUCCCCAAUUCUCAUUUCCCGAUGUGUCGCGUGCAGGUCUAUGGCGAGGAGGAGUGGUCGUUCGGGUUCUGCGAGAACGGCAGCGGGGUGUUCAGCUGCCCCGUGAGCAAGAACCCCAUGUACACAUACCGCGAGCGCAUCGUCCUCGGGGAGACGGAGUGCACCAUAGCCACCGUGAACAGGAUCCUGCGCGAGCUCAGCCGCGACUGGCCAGGGCACUCCUACGACCUCCUUUCCAGGAACUGCAACCACUUCUGCGACGUGCUCUGCGACAGGCUCGGCGUCCCCAAGCUUCCAGGCUGGGUUAAUCGUUUUGCCAAUGCCGGCGAUACAGCUGUGGUGGUUGCUGAGAAUACAGCAGUUAAGUUCAGGCAGGCUAAAACAGAAAUUGUCAAUGCUAGUAGAGUAGCAUAUAGAUUUAUGGCAGGCCUGACUUCGAAAAACCAGGCUUCACAAGAGUCUCCUGGUGAACAAAAUAGAGGCAGCCCUACUUUCCAAGGAACAUGGUUCAAGAAUGUUGUUUCAGCUGGCGCGAAGCCAUCUACAAGCGGGUCAACUCCCUCACAAGAAGCUGAUAAUGCACCUCCCUUGCAGCGCCAACAAUCAGCAGAGCAACCAAUAAGGUUGUAG